AUGAUGGAGACAAACAAGACUCUGGUGACCGAGUUUGUCCUCACAGGACUCACAGAUCGUCCAGGGCUGCAGGUGCCCCUGUUCCUGCUGUUCUCGGUCAUCUACCUCAUCACCAUGGCGGGCAACCUUGGCCUGAUUGCUCUCAUCUGGAAGGACGCCCACCUUCACACCCCCAUGUACUCACUCCUGGGCAGUUUAGCCUUUGCAGAUGCAUGCACUUCCUCCUCUGUGACCCCCAAGAUGCUUGUGAAUUUCCUAUCAAAGAAUCAUUCAAUAUCUCUUUCUGAUUGUGUGACCCAGUUUUAUUUUUUUGCUUCUAGUGCAAACACAGAAUGUUUCCUCCUGGUAGUGAUGGCCUACGAUCGCUAUGUGGCCAUUUGUAACCCCCUGCUUUAUCCAAUAGUGAUGUCUAAUGUUUUCUGUAUUCAAUUGUUAAGUGUCUCCUAUAUUACUGGCUUUUUUCAUCCUAUGAUGCAUGUGGGUUUGUUAUUUAGAUUAACUUUUUGCAAAUCCAAUGUAAUACAUUAUUUCUACUGUGAAAUUUUACAGCUGUUUAAGAUUUCCUGCACUGACCCUACAGUUAAUAUGCUUCUGAUUUUUGUACUUUCAGCUUUUAUACAAUCUUUCACUUUUAUAGGUAUCAUUAUCUCUUACUCCUCGGUCCUCUUUGCUAUUAUAAAAAAGAAGUCUGAGAAGGGCAGACGCAAAGCCUUCUCCACGUGCAGUGGCCAUCUACUCUCUGUCUCCUUGUUCUACGGCACUCUCUUCUUCAUGUAUGUGCGCCCCGGGUCUGGCCCAGCUGCAGAUCAGGACAAAAUGUACUCCCUGUUCUACACAAUUAUAAUUCCUCUGCUAAAUCCUUUUAUUUACAGCCUGAGAAAUAAAGAGGUUACAAAUGCCUUGAGAAGAACUUUAGUAAAAAAACAGAGUUGA